CAAAAAACAAAGAUUGAAUGAAAGGAUGAAACAUCUGUCCACUGAGUACUAGCCGGUGAAUCUGUCAACGUCUUCAUCGACUAACAAGAAUCUCUAAAAAGCAAGUGAAAGCAUAAUCGAAGAUUUAUCGGAGAUUGUAGAUUCAUCUUAUUAUUGAACCAUGAGACGGAGACCAGGAAUCGGUGGUUUACAGACUGCCGCCGCUGCUAGGGAUCAAUAUCGAUUACUCGGAGAAAAUGUAGCCAAGUUAAGAACCGAUCUUAUGAAAGAGCAGCUUUCCACUUUUCGUUCUCAAUUAGAAGACUUUGCUCGGAAACACAAGAAUGACAUUCGCAAGAACCCUGUUUUCAGAUCACAAUUCCAUGAGAUGUGUGCAAAAGUAGGAGUAGACCCAUUAGCAUCAAAUAAAGGUUUCUGGGCUGAGCUCUUAGGGAUUGGUGAUUUCUAUUAUGAACUUGGGGUACAAAUUGUAGAUAUAUGCUUGGCUACUAGACCCCAUAAUGGUGGUUUAAUCAACUUGGAGGAACUCUGCAAAAUUUUAAGUCAGAGGCGAAAGGGUGCUCGUGAGGCAGUUUCUGAAGACGAUUGCUUACGUGCAAUUAGUAAACUUAAGGUAUUAGGGAGUGGAUUUGAAGUGAUUACUGUUGGAAAAAGAAAGCUUGUUCGUUCUGUCCCAACUGAAUUAAAGAAAGAUCACAAUGAAAUUCUAGAGUUGUCCCAGGCUCAAGGUUUUGUGACUGUUGAAGAAGUAGAGAGACGUUUAUCAUGGUCCACUGGUCGUGCCACUGAUGCCCUUGAAACUUUAUUGGAUGAGGGGCUUGCGAUGAUUGAUGAUGGUCAUAGAGAUGGCAAAAGACGAUAUUGGUUCCCUUGUGUCUCUUCUGUCUCUUCCUUUGUGGCCAUCUGAGACUUUAAUUUUGUACUAUUGAGAGUUCAAAGAAAAAGAAAAAGGGCAACUUUGUAAUUUCAUUUGUGUUUAAUGAUUUGAAAAUAUUCUAUGUACAAUACACAAAGUAAUGUAACAAAUCAUCAUAUCAUCAUAUAUGGAUAGUGGUAACAAUCUG